AUGUUGGCCAUGCGACCGCAGAGCAGCACCCCGGCUAGUGGAGCUGCAGGAACUGCACAAGUCGACCGACUACUUCACCAGCUGGAACAGAAUCUGGAGAAUGCCAAACUCUCCCUGAAGCAGGCGGAGCAUGGGCUACGCCAGGUCAAGGUCUUGGGUCGCAGUGUCCACAAUGCUGGCCCUAUCUUUACCAAACGGGGCGUCUCGAUACUCUCAAGAUAUGGCCUGGAUCAGGAGAGCUCCAACACAUCGCGCGAGGCACUGCGAUGUCUGGCCAAUGCCUUUCUACUGGACGAACCAUCGCGACAAACAUUCGUCGACCUUGGCUAUGCCCCAAGAGCCGCCGAACGACUGAAGAAUGACGACCGUGAAGAUGAAUUCCUGCUAUCAAGAAUACUGUUUCUGCUGACCUACAACACCAAGAUUGACUUUGAAGUCCUGCUGAACGACAACAAACUGGCCGACAGUAUCAAUCAGCAAAUUGUACGCCAUGCUAAGAACUUUUCCAGGUCUGGACGAAGGAAGUCGAUCAACUCACCCUCCCAGGACAUGGCUAUGGUUGAGACCCUAAAGCUGCUAUUCAACAUUACCUACUACUAUCCAGAUUUGGCUUCUCGCUUCACGCCUUCAGUGGAGCCACUCAUCAACAUCAUCCUCCACCAUCCACUGCCAUCGCCACCACUCCAGCCACCGAUCACCUAUCUUCUGAACGCCCUGUUGAAUCUGGACCUGAACGCUGCCGAGAAGAAGACUCCAUACGGGCGGGAAGCUCGUGUAAGCCCCUUGUUCCCAUACUCGCAUCCCGAGACGGUGGUCGACAGACUGUCUUGCAUCCUGGACGAAGCAAUUCGCAAGCAGCAAGAACGAGAGUUGGAUCAGGCGGCAGCACCCUUGGUCACACUGAUCAGACGCAUGUACGAGCUCGCAACGCCACAGAUGAAGUCAUGGAUGCGAUGGCUUCUUCUACCCACCUCAAAAGAUCGUGACAAGCCACUUGGUCAAGGAGAGACAUUGUCCGCUCGCCUGCUACGGCUUUCGUGCUCACCAAACUUGCCAACCCUUCGCGAGAACGUCUCAAGUCUGCUGUUCGAGCUCAGUGACAAAGAUGCCAGCAAAUUCGUCAACAACAUUGGCUAUGGCUUCGCAGCUGGCUUCCUGAUGAGCCAUAACAUCCAGAUUCCAGCGAAUGCUAUGGAAGCUAGCAGUACUGCGAGUGAAGAAUCGAACAGAGGAGUCGAGUUCAAUCCGGUCACUGGCCAAAGGUGGAGCUCGGAAGAUCAUGAUGCACCGAAGACGGUGCCUGAGAUGACGGAAGAAGAAAAGGAGCGCGAAGCAGAACGACUGUUUGUGCUAUUUGAGCGCCUCAAAGCUACCGGAGUUGUGGAUAUCAAGAAUCCUGUCGAACAAGCAAUAGAUGAUGGACGAUUCGAAGAGCUUGACUAA